GGGAGAGGAGACUCGUUUUCUUCCGGAUGGAGUCGGAAUCGCAGCCAAAAGCCCCCCCGACUGACUGACUGGACUGAUCCCACCUCGCAACACUGACUGCAUUGGGUCUCCCUUUGCUGUUUGUUUACGUCCAAUCAAGCGAGUAGGACGAGGAAACACUGCUGGGAUGGACACUGCAAAUCAGGCCAGUAAAUCGCAGAACGUUUGCGACGUGCACGUUACAGUUAGAAAUUGUAUGCUGAUUUAAAACUAAAAACAAACAAAAAAAAACAACAACAUUUUACUUCCCUCGUGUGUUUGCAGCUUGCAUCCGCGGGGACCUUUCAGGUGCUUAAAUUACCUCUGGGAUUUAUCCGUGUUUUGGAAUGGCUGGGAGAGGCAGAUAAACACACACAGGGUGCAAGGCUUAGCGGCCACCCUCCCGCUACAAUGACACGCUCCCCUGUUCAAAGGCCCCAGCCUGAAAUGAGAAGGGCUAAACCCGACGGAUAAAUCACGGGAAAAGGAGACAGCUGGACGAGGGUGGAGGUCUUUGCCAUAUUUGCCUUCGCAACAUGUGGGGGCUACUCUGGGCAGCUGCGGGUUAGUGUGGACUGCAUGGAGAAGACCAGCAGCAACCUUAGCAUUGCCAUUGACUUUGCUUAUCCUUUCAGGUUGCACCAGGUGUCGUUUGAAGCACCCAUGUGUGAGGGCAUGAGGAGGGAGCGCCUCUUUCUCAUUGGAGACUUUUCAUCCUCUGCGGAGUUCUUCGUUACAAUUGCAGUCUUUGCUUUCCUCUACUCACUUGUUGCCACUGUUGUCUACAUCUUCUUUCAUAACAAGUACAGUGAAAACAACCGAGGACCACUGAUCGAUUUUGUUGUGACCGUUGUGUUCUCCUUCAUGUGGCUCGUCAGCUCUUCUGCUUGGGCCAAAGCUCUGUCUGAUGUCAAGUUAGCGACAGAUCCGGAUGAGGUUCAGCUUCUUAUUUCUGCCUGUAAAGAUCAGAGAAAUAAAUGUGGCUCUGUGCAGGAACCACACUGGUCUGGACUCAACAACUCAGUGGUGUUUGGAUUCCUCAACUUUGUUCUCUGGGCGGGGAACAUCUGGUUUGUCUUCAAGGAGACUGGUUGGCACAAAGGUGCUACCAGGUUUGUGGGCGGGGCCUCCGAGAAGCAGACCGGCACCUUCACCCAGCAGACCCGCAACCAGGGCAGCUUUGAUCAGUCUGGGAGCUACAACACCCAGGGAGACCUGGACCAGCCAUCCGAGUACAGUCAGGUUGGAGGGCUUUCCUCCUAUGGCAAUCAAAUAUAGCUUGCCUUUUUAUACCUUGAGUGGUGCUUCCGCAUUCUAAACACGGCAACAGGUGAUAGCAAUGUCGGAAAAAAAGAUGACCAAGAAGUUAGAAGAGUUUAAGCCCAAUGAAUUAAAGUUUUGUCAGGUAUAUUUUUACUCGUUCUGUUUAUUUUUUUUUUUGGGGGGGGGGGGGGGGGGGGGGGGGUGAAUACAAUAUGUUCAAUUUCCUCACUGGAUCAUAUCUACAGUAUGUGCUUGGUAAUGUUUUAAAAAGGUUUGGACAUGGAUGUUUUUUGUAUUUGUAUAUUCCAAAAUUUGAAAAUGUGUGCAUGAUACUGUAUGUUUCUAUAGUCUCUGCAAUUCUAUUUUUAAAUGUUUUUUUUAACUGGAUUGGUGUUAUGUCUUCAGUUUUUAAUCUAACUGGAAGUUAAUUUUAAUAAAGUAUCUGUGGUUAUGUGACUCCAACAAAAUGCUUAGACAAAGUAGGUAAAAUAAAUUUGUUUUGAUCAUGUGAAGAGGAUUGUUUCCCCUAUUUAUUUUCAAGUUGGUGCUCUUGCAACAAUUUACUGUGAAUGUUGUCCAUGCAUGUCAGACUUGUAACAAUAGGGUUUUAAAUAUGGUUUAAAUUAAUUAAAUUAUUAGUAAUAAUAAUAACAAAUUAUUAUUAUUAAUAAUUAAAUGGGGUUUUGCUCUAGUUGAAGCAUGCCAGCAUGUCCACUGACAUAUCAAAAGCCCAGGAAAAAAAAAGCAUGUGUAAAUGGUAUCAUAUUUAUAUGCAAAGGUUGCUUAGUUUUUAUUCUAAACUCACAAUCAAGUUUGUGUUUUAUAUUUGAAGAAGUGAUACUUGAAGAGACUAUGCUAAGUUGAUGUUUGUUUAAAGAAAUAUGACAAGUGCAACUCUUAUUGUUGACCUAUUUGCAUGUGGUAAUAAAAAAAGCUCAUGAUGCCCAUGUGUUCAACAGUCUCUAUGUAUGAAUGUGUGCUGGUCAAUGUUAUUAUAAAAUUUAGCAAAUUAUGAUAUGACUGAUAAGUUCUCCUAUUAGCAGAUCAUGCAUUUGCUGUCAAAUGU